AUGCACCUGGUGACCAAGAGGCUGCACGAGCAGUACGGGCCAAUUGUUAGGAUAGGGCCCAACCAUCUCGACCUGGACUGCCCAUCGCUGAUCAAGACAUGCCUUGAUCGGAAUGGCCUCUGGAGAAAGACCGAGUUUUACGCUGUCAGCGGCGUGCUCCACGAGGGCAAGGUGGCCUACAACAUCUUCAGCGAAACCAACUCGGCCGAACACGCACGCAUAAAGAAGCCCAUCGCCAAAUACUACUCCAUGAACGGCGUCCUGACCUUGGAGCCACAUAUAGACAAUGUGCUGGGCCACUUCGUGCGGCAAAUCGAUGCCAGGUUCGUGGGCACAGGAGAGGAUAUGGGCCCAGCAUUCGACUUUGGUCAAUGGGUGUUGUAUCUCGGGUGGGACAUGGUCGGCAAAGUCACGUACGGCAAGAGAGUCGGCUACCUGGACAAGGGGUACGACUUCGACGGGACCCUCAACGUCGAGGACAAGGCCAUGGACUACCUGGUCACGGUCGGCAUGCAGCCGGGGCUCGACAAGUUCCUGGACAAGAACCGCCUGUACCGCAUCGGCCCGCCCUCGUUCGGGUCCCUGGUCGCCAUCUCCCUGCAGCACCUGAUCAGGCGGUACGACGGCAGCGACAAGCACGACCCGGCCAAGCCCGACUUUAUGGACCGCUACAUUGAGGCGAAGGCCGAGCACCCGGACAUCGUGGACGACCAGCGACUCCUGUCGUACUUGCUAGCCAACAUGGCCGCCGGCGCCGACACGACGGCGCUUACCCUGCGGUCCGUCUUCUACCUAUCCCUGAAGCACCCAUCGGUGUGGGCUCGCCUGCAGGCUGAGGUUCUGGCGGCGCCCUUCGCGCGGAAGAAGACGAUGGACCUGCCGGCCUCGUUCGCCGACGCGCGCGCGCUGCCGUACCUCGAGGCGGUGGUCCGCGAGGCCCUGCGGCUGUACCCGGGCAACUGCUUCCCGAUGGAGCGGUACGUGCCGGCGGGCGGGGUGACGCUGCCGGACGGCAGCUUCGUGGGCGAGGGCGCGGCCGUGGGCUUCAACGCGUACGUGCUGCACCGCAACGCGGGGGUCUGGGGCGCGGACGCCGAGGCGUUCCGGCCGGAGCGGUGGCUGCGCGACGAGGCGGCGGGCGAGGGCGAGGACACGUUCCGCCGGCGGCUCACGGACAUGAACAACUGCGACCUGUCGUUUGGCGCGGGCCAGCGCAAGUGCAUCGGCAUGAACCUGGGCAUGAUGCAGGUGUACAAGACGGUGGCGACCCUGGCGGCCCUGUACGAGUUCGAGCUGGCGGACCCCGAGAGGGAGUGGAGGAUUCACAACAGCAUCUUCCCGCGACAGUCGGGCGUGGAGUUAAGGAUGCGGAAGAGGGAGGGUAUGGUCGUGCGUGGGGGAUUGGACCUCUACGACUAG